AUGGCCCCUCAGAUCCCCAUCAAGCAACAACAAUCCCGGACCGAAACUUGCAAAUUGAAAAUUAUUCUUGUCGGCGCUGGCCUUGCUGGUCUUGGUUCUGCAAUUGGCUGCGCUCUUGCUGGCCAUGAAGUUCAAGUCCUUGAAUCCGCCUAUGAAAUCAGGGAAGUUGGCGCUGGGAUCCAGGUGCUGCCUAAUAGCUCGCGGGUUCUCCAGCACUGGGGGUUGCAGGAGGCUCUUGAGCCUCACAUGACUUAUCCUCGGGUUUGCAAUUUCCUUGGUUGGAAGGGAAACGCUAUCUCUUCUAUGGAUUUCCACGAAUCGGAAAGUAAGUACCCUGGGACUUGGUAUCGCGAUUUCCAUCGUGCGGAUUUGCAGCAGUGUCUUGUGAGGAGGGCGGGGGAGCUUGGGGUUGUUGUUACUUGCAAUGCUCGUGUUGUGGAUGUAUCUGUCAGUGAGGAUGGGGCGACUGCAACUGCUACUGUGGCCGAUGGAAGACAGUGGAUUGGAGAUUUGGUUAUUGGGGCUGAUGGUAUCUUUGGGAAGUUGACGGAGGGCUUCCUCGGUCGAGUUGAUCCACCGGUCAAGACUGGUGAUCUGGCAUAUCGUCUUUUGCUAUCUACAGAAGAGAUGCUCAAGGAUCCUGAGCUUGCGGAGCUUGUCACGGAUCCCCAGGUUAACUAUUGGUUGGGCCCAGAUGCUCAUGCUGGUAUGUUCAAUAUCUUCACAUUGGAGACCAAGACUAACGGUUCAGUGAACUAUGUUCUUCGAGGCGGAGAACUGUUCAAUAUGGUUCUACUUGUCCCCGAUGACAUUCCAGAAGAAUCUCUCGCAUCUACAAUCGAGGGCAAUGUGGAUGAGAUGUGUGCAUUGUUCAAAGAUUGGGAUCCACGUGCCGGAAUGUCCUUUGAAGACGGGGCAGUUCUAGGAGAAUGCCUUGCCCGCCUCCCAAACAAUUCCAGUACCUCCAAGGCCUCGGCCGAGUUCCUACAAGCGAAAAAGCACGCCCUUGCCGUCUUCCAGGAAUGUCGCAAACAGCGCACGAAGAUGGUUGUUGAGCGCGGUAACGUCCAGCAACAUCUAUACCAUCUCCAUGACGGCCCGGAACAACAAGAGCGAGAUCGCAAAAUGCAAAUGGUGCCUACACCUGAAGGUGAAGCAUUGGCUUGGCGCGACCCCGGUCUGGCGCCGAAGUUGUUGGGAUAUGAUCACAUUGCCGAUGUCAAUGCCCAUUGGGGCGAGGAGGAUAGUUCCGUUCAGUCCAGAUUGUAG